ACUGUGAUUUAUCCAAGAAAAAAAAAAUUCACAUCCUCCCUGGAGCAAAACAAACACAGCCCAAAUCCAAUAUUCUGCAUUCGUUCUUUCUCUGCACGCAGCCGAAGUCCCAAAGUACUGAUUCUUCUGCAACGCGCCGUAGAUCGGAGCCGCCUGCGAAGUUAGGGUUCCGUCUCACACGUGACUUGAUCAUCAAUUGUCGAAUUCUAUAGCACGGAUCAUCGGGACAAACGUAUAGAUCAGUGAAACCACGCAAACGUACUUUUGCGAUGAGGUUGAGAUAGAGACAAAGAUUGCUGGGAUAACGCGGUGGUGGAAAAAUGAGCUUGAGCCGGCCAUCGGUGCAUCCAGUGGAAGAGGCGCCGCCUCCACCUCCGACGGAGGGCGACAAUCCGGGGAGACUAAGGAUGAAAGACCUCCAGGGUAUGCCGGGCACGAUCGGCGGUCUUGUCCUGCGUUCCUUCCAGUUCGUGUUUGCCGUUGUGGCCCUAUGCGUCAUGGCCACCACCAGCGACUUUCCCUCCGUCACUGCCUUCUGCUACCUUGUUGCAGCUGCUGGUUUGCAGAGCCUGUGGAGCCUCUCUCUAGCCAUAGUUGAUAUAUAUGCCCUUCUAGUGGGCCGUUGCCUGCACAAUCAUUGCCUUGUCAGUUUAUUUGCUAUUGGUGAUGGGAUCACAUCCACCCUUAUAUUUGCCGCAGCCUGUGCUUGUGCUGGUAUCACAGUCCUUAUUGGCAAUGAUCUUGGUAUAUGCUCUAGGAAUCACUGCACGGAAUUUGAGACGGCUACAGCAAUGGCUUUCCUUAGCUGGUUCACUGCGCUGCCAUGCUUUUUCUUGAACUUCUGGUCACUGGCAUCUCAAUGAAUAGAAUGCGAUUUGUGCAAGCAAGGGAAAGUCAAUCUGGGAAUAUUGUAAUGCUUUGUUGGUGUGAUCGUUUUUGUUUGUGCUGUUAUGCAUCCCGAUUGCUUUAUUUCUGUCACGUGUGUAUAUAUUUGGUGAAUCAGGCCGAAGAUAAAUCCUUUUGAUAUUGAAGUUGUUAAUUCAGCUCAGACUACGGAAACUUUUUUGUUGUUGGAUGAGA